AUGGCUAUGAGUGGAAACAUGGAUAAGAAGACAGUGAACCUUUCUAAAUGGAUUCACAGAAAAAAAUAUCAAAGAGAAACUGAAACACUGCUUAGCAGACUUCAUCUUCAAGACAAACAUCAACAGAAGUUGUCACCAGCAGAUUAUCUUAAAGUAGGUCCACCUGGGAGACAGGACCAUGACACAUCUGAGAAAGAUCUUGCUCAUAAUUUCCUUCAGAAGUUGAUGAUGUUAGACUACAGAGCUAGAUAUAUUCUUGUUAGACAGGAGAGUCAGGAGCUGAGCCAAUCAAAACUUCAUCCAGACGUUUACACUGUAAAGACUGAUGAAAGUGAUUUAGAUGCUUUUUACGAAAAAGUUGUAGACUUUGAUCAAUCAAAACAAACUCAUGUUCACCCAAUGGAUGUACAAAUGGCAGUGUUUCACUGCUCAGACAGCUUUUUAAAGCAGAACAUGAUUACAAAGCUCUCACAAUGUCAGUACGCCUUACCUUUGCUUGUUCCAGACCCAGUCACAAUGAAUGUUGAAUGUCCUCUUUGGACAUUCAGACAAAUAACAAAAACAUGGAAGAUAACUGAAAUCAAAGAAAAUUCAAACACUGUCACCAUGAAGAGCAUGCCCAUCUGCAAAGCUGAGACAGCCAUGGUGUCAUUUCUCCGCCUGGGUUCACUGUCUGUGUCUAAAUCUCAGCUGAUGAACACUUUGAUCAACGACCGUCACAGCACCUUCUUCCACAGAAACUGCCCAGGUAGUACCAAGUCUCGUCAUUUGAUGGAUGGUGUGGCAGAGAUUGCCUGGUACUGUCCUGCUGGAAAACCCAAUGAUGCCUUCACUGACUGCAUUGCCUUCUGUAAUCUCCAUGGUGAUGCUCUGACAAUUGAAAAACAGCGUGACAUACUGACAGACAAAUCUUCAGUCAAUGUUGUUCUUGUACCAACUCUUGAGAAAGGUGACAAAAGUACUGCAGUUAUCUCUGCCCUUUACAAGUCUCCAAAGCCUCUCAUUCUUCUCAUUGCUGAUAACGAUCAUGGUGUCAUUCAGCUGAAAGAGGGAAAAUUCAAAAUAGGUCUAAAGGGCCGAAGCCAGUCAAAUGUUUCUGAAGAACUGAAAAAAGUAAUUGGAAGAAUGUUGUCUGGACCACAUGAAUCCUUCCAGCUUGAAACCAUGGCUGAGGUCUCUGGAAUCACAGUGGAUGAAGAUGACAAACUCUGCCAAAAUGGAAAAUCUGCUGCAAUGAAAAUUGUCAACUUGUUUCAGAGCAAAGAUGUUUCAGAGAUCAAAGAAACAUUUCUCUCUUGUCAGGGCCAACUAUGGCAUGAUUGGUGCAGAAAAAAUAAAGAACUGUAUCACCUCAAAGAAAACAUUGAGAAGGAGAAAUGUAAAAAGCAAAAGCAACUGAUAGAAAUAAGACAACAACAAUGCACUGCUUCCUGCAGUGAACCAAUGAAGUUGUUUGUUGAAAGCCUCUCAUCUUUGCCAUCAACAGACAAAAAGUAUUUCCUUAAAUGGACUCAAAUCUCAAUAGAUGCUCUCUCCACAGAUGAUCUCUCAUUAAUUCUCCAAAGCUAUGAUGAAAAGUGGUCUGAAGUCUUGGAAUUGAAGAAGAAGCAUGACAAAACUGAUCUAAAGGAAAAGCAAACUGAGCUUGAUCAAAUAUCAACAAAACUACAGUCAGCAACUUUUGGCUUGGAGCACAUCUUUAGAGAAAUGGGACAGAUCUAUGAAGCCCAUGCAUCUCUGCAGAAACAAACAAAGAGGGGACAGACUGACUGGUCUAAAUACCCUGAGCUGGCUGCAGAACUGAUGAUAUCAGGACACCCAAUGGAGCUGAUGGAUGGUGAUGCAGGUCAUGUGCCUUUAACAUGGAUCUCUAGUCUUUUAGAUGAAGUCAUCAAGAAACUGGGUGACAAGAGAGUUUUUGUUUUGUCGGUAUUAGGCGUACAAAGCAGUGGGAAAUCAACAAUGCUCAAUGCCAUGUUUGGCUUACAGUUUGCAGUGAGUGCUGGCAGGUGCACCAAGGGGGCCUUCAUGCAGCUGGUCAAAGUGUCAGAGGAGAUCAAGAAAGACUUUCAGUUUGACUACAUUCUAGUGGUGGACACUGAAGGACUGCGGGCUCUGGGGUUUGCGGGUAAUGCAACUCUUCACCACGACAAUGAACUGGCAACAUUUGUUGUUGGUCUGGGAAACAUGACACUGAUCAACAUCUUUGGAGAGAAUCCAGCUGAGAUGCAAGAUGUUCUGCAGAUUGUUGUUCAGGCUUUCAUGAGGAUGAAGAAAGUUAAACUUUCUCCAAGUUGUGUGUUUGUUCAUCAGAAUGUUACAGAUAUUGCAGCUGCAGAAAAAAACAUGGAUGGAAAGAGACGGCUUCAAGAAAAACUGGACCAGAUGGCCAGACUAGCAGCUAAAGAGGAGGUUUGUGAUGCUGAGUGCUUCAGUGACAUCAUUGCAUUUGAUGUGCAGAAAGAUGUGAAAUACUUUGCUCAACUCUGGGAGGGAAGUCCACCUAUGGCUCCUCCAAAUCCAGGUUAUAAUGAGAGUGUCCAGGAGCUGAAGACCACCAUCCUCUCUAAAGCUUCACAGUCUGCUGGGAUCACUCUCUCACAGUUCAAACACAAAAUCCAGGACCUGUGGAAUGCCCUGUUGAAUGAAAACUUUGUUUUCAGUUUCAAAAACACACUUGAAAUUGCAGUGUACAGAAAACUUGAGGAGCAGUACGGCAAAUGGACCUGGGCCCUGCGGAGCAACAUGUUGACCAUUGAGAACCAGCUUUAUACCAGAAUUGAAAAUGGAAAACUUGACAAGAUCGAACUCAAUUAUCUUCAUAAAGAAAUGAACAAAACCUAUGAAGAAAUCAAAAAAGCAAUGACAGCAUACUUUGAUGAUGACAGCGACAAAGAAAUUUUGGUUCAGUGGCGAGGACGAUUUGAAAGUAAAAUCAAGGAAUUUUAUGAUGAACAAGUGAGGAGAGUUAAGAGAAAACUGGAUGAAGUCAUCGAGCAGAAAAAUGCUUGUAAAAAGCUAGAUGAUAAGAAAACAGAGUUUGAGAACAAGCUGCUACAAAAGAGCAAAGAGCUCGCUCAUCAGCUAAAAGACAAGGCAGAAGAUGAAGAGGAACUUAAAAAGCAGUUCAACUCUGUCUGGAGUGGCUGGGUCCAUGAACUAACUGCAGAUAUAAAACCCAUUGAGGACAUCAACUAUGACAAAGAUCAGACAACUAUCCUUCAGGAUAUUGGCUUUGAAUGGUCUCUCAUCAGGGAAUCCAAAAGCAGUGGAAGAUAUAAAGCAAUAUCAGAGGUUGGUGAUUAUUCUGAUUAUGUCACAAAGCAUGGAGAGUUGUAUAACAGAAGCCAACAUAAUAAAUCACGCAAUGCUUUGUUGUAUGAAGAACAACAACGGAUCAGAUCCCUCAUUGAUAUUGUUGAACAGCGCACCAUAAACAUCAUUAAGAGACAACCUGUAGCUACAAGAGGUUAUAGCCCAGCUUACCUGCAAGAAAUUGCCAACAAUGUUAAAGAAAAAGUAAAAGAAUUUAAAUCAAAGUGGAAAUUUGCUCUGAAGAAAGAGUUUACAGUUGAUGUCUUACUGUAUGUCUUUGAAAGAGCAGAGAGAUGGCUGUCUGAGUCCCACAAGAAAUUCAAAGGGAACAACGAUGCACUGACUUAUGUAGAAAGCAAGAAAAUACAAUAUUACAACAUUUUUCAGAGUGUCUGUAAAGGAAACACAUCUGCUGUUGUUCUUGGAGAACUGAUCUGUGAGAAACUGAAGAGUUCAACUGUUGAGGCCGUCUGCAACAAGACUGCCAUUGAUCUCGCUGGAGAGAUGAGGUGUAGUUUUCCAGCAUUCAACGGGAACAGGCUAAACUUGGAGAAACAUUUGUUGAAGUCACUGGCAGAGAAAGAGGACUUUGAUGGUUUUAUCACCUACAUUCGGCAUCCAAGGAAGCAAGUAGAGACUUUUAUAAAAGAGGAAGUAAAGAAAUACGUCUUCACAGAAAACAAAGAUAAAGCACGGAAUAUACUCAAGAAAAAUGUUGAAGACCUCAAAAAACUUGUGAGUCAAGCUUUAUUUUCUGCAACAGAAAAAGUCAAAACCCUGAGGGGACACCCAGACAUGUGGGUGGAGGAAUUUUCUAGUUUGCUGAAAGAUGAGCUAACAUUCGACACCAUCUCUUGUCAAAACUUCAGUGACAUAAACAACUUUGACUUUCUUAAAGAAGAGACAGAAAAAAGCCUUGUGUCUGUUAUGAAGGAAGUCAGCAGUCUCUCAUUGGAUAAAAUGAAGGAAUUCAGGAUGAAGCCUGAUCAAAUCCUCAUCGAUCAGCUGUGUAACUGCUGCUGGGAGAUGUGUCCAUUCUGUGCAGCUGUUUGUACCAACACACUGGAAGAUCACAGCCCUGAUGACCACAGUGUGCCUUUUCAUCGUCCCUGUGGGGUCAUCGGUAUGUACAUAAAAAACUCAUUGGACCCAGUGAUCGAUUUCUGCACAACUAGAGUUACAAGUGAUGGAACUUUUUACCUUCAUCAAGAUGCAGAAGAACUCAUUCCAUAUAAAGAGUAUCGAACUGCUGGUCCAAGGUAUGCUGACUGGAGAAUCACCCCUGAUGCCUCUAAGCUGAUAUACUGGAAAUGGUUUGUGUGCCAUUUUCAAAAGAAACUGGAGGAUCACUAUACAUUCACAUUUCAGGGCAGUGGUGAAAUUCCCACUGAGUGGAAAACACACACUAAAGAAGAAGCUAUUAAAAGUCUGGAUGAAAUGUUCAAUGUGUGA